GUUUAGUAGCAUUUUUAUUUUUGGCUGGAAUGUAUUAUUCGCCGGCGCACACUAGCUUGGGGGUCUUCAGAGGAUGUCAUCCAUAAAAUUAAGUCGGUGUGGCCCAAUCACGUCUAACCGGAACUAUUUACUUCCGCGUAGUCUGAACCUACCCAGUCAGUUCAAGAGAGUUAAUCAUGGCGGACGGAGGAAAAUCUGAGAGAACUAGAUUAGUCCAAAAGGACAGUAAUGAUUCUGGACUGGAAGCUGUUGGAAGUACGGUACAGCCACAGCAGGACACGGACAGGGCUGGGAGGUUCUCCUCCAAGCUGGGACUGAUCUCCUCCUGUAUUGGGGCUACUGUAGGGUUCGGCAACCUCUGGAGAUUCCCGAGGAUGCUAGCCAACAACAGUGGAGGAGAAGGAUGUCUGCAGUUCCUGUUGGUCUGGUUGAUGUUCCUGUUCCUGUGGUCCAUGCAAAUUAUCAUUAUGGAGUACGCCAUUGGUCGAUUCACCAGGAGGGCUCCACCAAUGGCCUUCCACGACCUUCUGGGAGUAAAGUCAACAUGGCUUGGAGGGUGGAUAAGCUUAGCCUACUUUGGUAUAUGUUGCUAUUUCGGGGUGAUUGUCGGAUGGUCUAUAUACUACAUGUACUACUGCAUCUUUUACCCAUUGCCAACCACCUUUGAGGAGAGCAGCCAGAUCUGGAAAACAUUUGCUGAGGAAAGCAGCUGGCCAGUAUUUCUACACUUCAUAGGUACUUUGGCAUGUACCCUUGUGAUCUGGAAAGGAGUAGACACCAUCGAACCUGCUAUGAAGAUCAUGAUUCCUGGACUCUUGAUUCUGAUCAUCACAUCGUUUAUCUGGUCUCUAACCCAGCAAAGUGCUGGAUCUGCCCUUGCCUACAUUUUUACACCAGACUGGAAACUGUUUGGUACCCCCAGAGUAUGGAUUGAUGCCCUGUCUCAAAACGCUUGGGAUACAGGAGCAGCAACUGGCAUUUACCUGGUGUACGGCGCGAGCAUGGCCACAAACAUGGGACCUGUGAAGACAGGCAGCCUUAUACCAAUUAUAAACAACAUUGUAAGUUUAAUGGCUGGUACGAUGAUCUUCUGUACUGUAUUUUCCACCUGGACCAACGUCAGUCCAGGAGGCGACAAAGAUGACCUGAUGACACUCCUAAAGACUAACGGCCCUGCCAACACUGGACUCACCUUCAUCUGGAUGCCGAUCCUGUUCUCUACCAUGACGGGUGGCCGUGUGAUGGCGUCAUUGUUCUUCCUGAUGUUAGUGAUCGCAGGAAUCAGUUCGUACAUCCCUUCAAUAUACAGCGUUUCCCAAGUGCUCGUCGACUGGGGAGUGAAACGAGAGGUUGCCGCAGUAGUAAUGGGUACAUUAGUCUUCCUUCUGGGCGUCCCAAGUGCCGUCGACAUUCGCUUCCUGGUGCUCCAGGACUUUGUAUGGGGCUCUGCUCUUAUCAUCUCUGGACUGGUUUUCGUCUACCUGUUUUGGAAAUAUGGAUCACAAAACUUCCGGCUCAACCUGCUGAAUCAGGCAGGAGAUGGCACUGAUUGGAAGCUACCCAAAGCAUGGGAAUGGCUUUUAAAAUGUGUAUUGCCAGUUGAGGGUCUUGCAUUACUGGUGUGGUGGAUCGUGAGUACUGUACAGAAUGAGAAAACACCCUGGUACGAGCUGGGAUCAGGGUCUCUAAUGACAGCAAUCCUGGGGUGGUUCGUCGUAGCUUUGUUUGUAGUGGGACUGAACGUGCUGUUUGUCCGGUGCCGAGGACGGGUGUCCCGCUGUUGGUCUUCACUCAUCGACAAACAGGACGACAUCCCUACCUGCUGCCGCUGCUGUCACAGAGAGGACAGAGGAGGUCGCCAAAAUCUCAUCGUCAUGACAGACAGGGCAGGAGUUCCAGACUAUACCUACAGCACAGUAGACUGAAGGCAAACUUCUGGAUGACUGUCAUGAAAGUUCAUCGGUGUUGGUAGUUACAUGUUUAAAGUUAAAACUUUUGUUCCAACACAAA